CCGUCCGUGAUUAUUUACUUUCCUUCAUUAAGCUUUUGUUUUUGAGUGUGUGAAAGUGGGAAAAAAGGAAAAAGUGCACGGAGAACAGGCCCAAACAGCCCACAAGUGGUUCUGAUGAAGCGUUUGUAUACAAUCAGCCUCGUGGCUCUCGGGGGCGGUGGUGGUCGAAUUUCAAUCGGCGGAGGCCUGGUUUCCUCCUCAACCGUCCUGCCUCAGAUUUACUCGCCACUGUUAGAACAGAAAUGCUCCUUGCGGAACCUUCACCAGUACCCCCACGCUCGCUACAAAAGUCUCGUCAAGGAUCGGCGGCGAUUCGCACGUAACUGGUGGCUAACAGGGGGGAACAACUACGAACUCGUCUCAGAGUUCGCCCACGAACGCGAGGCUACCGAGAACUUUGGGGAAUAUCGCGAUGAUAGUAAAAAUGAUACAUUUCUGUUUUCUACAAACCGGCUCGAGGACCUUCCGCCAGCCAAACGCCUGGACGCCCUCGCUGGGAUAAUGAAGGCGCGGUGGAAGGUGCGCGAUAGUGAUCGUGGCUUCGACAAGACCAAAUUACUCCUCCAAGCCCUGGAGUGCUUUAGCGAGUUGCGUCUAUCGGGGCAAAUUAAAGAGUUCAAUAGCCUUCCGGCGGCUGAUCAGGAUACCUUUUUACAAUACGCCGAGGGGUGUGUUAAAUUUGCGCAGGCCUGUGCGCACUCACACCCGGAUUCUGUGGCGGUGAUGCUGCGUGUGGCGCAAAUCUGCGACGAUAUGCGCUGUGUUGACAAGCGCGAUGAACUGCUACGCAUGACGGAGUUGGCGGCCCGUCGCAUGGAUCGCAGCUACGCUUUUGCACGACCGCGUGAAAACAUUAAUCUAACUCCACCUACAUUAAGGGAUACAUACUCAUCUUUAGAAAUGCGCGAUCUGAAAACCUUAAAGGAAAAGUUUAAAAAUUCGCCUUGGGUUCUAGAAAACAAACCUCGCACCGAAUAUUUACGCGGUGUGCGUGGUAGGCGAAUUUAUUAUACGCCAAUGGCACCUAGCGAGCCCGCGACAAGGAUGAUGGAGCUUCACUCCGGGGUCAUCAAGGAUUUCUGA